UAGGCGCCUAGUCAAGCCAUAUCCGACGCUGAAUCGAGCUGUGUAAACAUGUGAACGACACUUUUGUAAUGAUACUUUGGAAUAUAUUUUGAGUUUCUUUCAUUUUAAACAAAGAAGCACACUAUGAAGGCACUUCCACUUGAGACAGUGCGUCUGCUGUGCAGCUCCCAGGUUAUAACAUCUGUCCUGAAUGUUGUCAAGGAGCUAGCUGAAAAUUCACUGGAUGCUGGUUCCUCGAGUCUCGAAGUCAAACUGGACAAUUAUGGAUUGGAUCGCAUUGAAGUCAGAGACAAUGGCUCUGGUAUUAAAGUGACUGAUGUUCCUGUGAUGGCCGUCAAACACUACACAUCUAAAAUCUCCAGUCACGAAGAUCUAGAGCACCUAGAGACUUACGGCUUCCGUGGAGAAGCUCUGGCAUCUAUAUGUGCCAUCUCAAAGGUGUUUAUUACUACUAAAACCACAGCUGAUGAUUUUAGCAUUCAAUAUGCAGUUGAUCACAACGGUCAGAUUGUGUCUCAGAAACCAUCGCAUCUUGGCGAGGGCACCACUGUGUGUGUAGCAGACCUGUUCAAGAACCUCCCUGUCAGGCGGCAGUAUUAUUCCAACACUAAGAAAUGCAAAGAGGAACUAAAGAGUGUCCAGAAUUUGCUCAUGGCUUAUGCUGUUGUUAAGCCGGAGUUAAGGAUCACAUUAAGUCACAACAAGGCUGUUGUCUGGCAGAAGGCCAGGGUGUCGGAUCACCGAGCUGCCCUCAUGGCCGUGCUCGGAGCGGCCUCUGUAGCCAACAUGCUCCCCGUCCAGCAUUGCCAGGAGCAACCAGAGAUUGUCAUCGACGGGUUCCUUCCUAAGCCGGCCUCAGAUUUUAAUAUUACAAGCUCCUCUUCACCUGAUAAAACAUUCAUUUUUGUAAAUAGUCGGCCUGUACAUCUCAAAGAAAUACUUAAGCUUGUCAAGCAAUACUACACCAGUGCUCAUUCUAAUAAUGAAUCUAUAAACCGCCGGUAUCCCCAUUUAAUGAUGAACAUCACCAUUCCUGCCUCAAGUGAAGAUGUUAACUUGACUCCAGACAAAACCGAAGUGAUGCUACAGAAUAAGGAAGAAGUGCUCUUGGCAGUUGAGACUAUGUUGAUCUCCUUGUAUGGGUCUUUCUCCGUUGGUGAUGAUAAUCCUCAAAAAUCCUCCAAAGCUGUCCAAAUUCAACAAAUGGAUUGCACUGAUAAGGGCGAGACUAGUGUAAUUAUACCUACACCUACUACAGAUAUUAGUUUGAUGGACCCACCAGAACUGCUCGAACAUUCUUUCACAAUUCCAAAUAAACAAGACAGCGAGCUAUCUUUGAGCAACACUGCAAACACCAGCUCCUCCUCAUCUUCAGAGGAUUGGGUAAUCAACAGAAGCUCAAGUGAUUUUGACAGUAUUAAUUUCUCAUUAACUGCUGACGAUGUUGUAAUGAACUCUACUGCUGUUCUUAACUGUAACUCCCCAAACCCCUCUAAGAGUAACAGUGACCAUGGUCAAGAGAGUGAAGUUUCUGCUGAGAGAUGGAGCACAGGUAGGGCCUUCUCAAAUCAAACCACAGGUGAGUGUCUAGAACCUGUAAAACUCCAUGUCCCAAUAACAAAUCAAGAAAGUGAAACAACUGCAAGUGGGUCUACAAGUAAGGGGGCCAGCCCAUCCAAGAGGCCUUCCAAUGUGAUAAUGGAGAAAAUGGCUAAGCUGACAGCCUACGACCUGAUCAGCAACCGUUCGGUGCGUCAGCCCUCGUCUGCCUUUUCACUAUUUGAGAAGGACACAAGAUCGCUCGUCCUCCAGGAGAACCCAAGAGCCAGUCUGCAGGAUGUCACCUCUUUGGUGAGAGAGAGAUGGGAAAGCCUCGGGGAGGAAGAGCGAAAAAAGUAUGAAUGCAAGGCAGAAAAGUCUCUGAAAGCCUACAACCUUCAAAGGAAAAGGGCAACAGAGGGAGGUGGCCAGUGCGGAGAGGGCAAGAAGCAGAUGAGCGCAGACUCUUCAUUGAACAAAGCUCAAGGCGUGAAGCGCAAGGGCCCCCUCUCCAACCAGCAGGACCUGAACAAACUCUUCUCCUCUCAGCCCUCGGGUAAAAGGAGCCCAGCCAAGUUCUCCAAACCCCUCCCGUUCAGUAUUGCAACCCUCAAGCAGAGUCUUAACCUCUUCUCCUACCAGAACAGCUCAAGUGCACAGGGCCUCAGGCUUGUAAACCGCUUGGCUUCUCACGGUGCUUGGGUCGUUUUAUGCGACAGAAAGCUCAUGUUGUUGAACCCGUUUCGAGUGGAGGAGGCCUUGCUGUUUAAAAGACUUCUGGAGAAUAAUAUACUUCCAGCAGUGAGGCAGCAGACCCCUGUUCAGCUGACAGAUGGGGUACUUGGUGGGCCAGAGUACAUGGAUGUUCUCAUGAACAUGGAGAAAGGCAGUCCCGGUUUAAAUGGCGACACCUACUUCACUGAUCCUAGGCUUGUGGCAAAUGGUUUCGAGAUAAGGAUUAUUCCAGGUUCCUCGUCUACUGAGAGGCGUGUUGAAGUGACGGGCAUGGCUGACUGCAUGCCUUUCUAUGGGCUAGGAGACCUGAGGGAGAUUCUACAGGCUGUAAAGGCCCAGGAUGCAAAAACUAUGGAGCAAUUUAGACCGCUCAAAGUCUCAAACUACCUAAAGGGUGAGGCUGUAAGACUAGCUAGACAGUUACCUGUGAACCUCUCCAGAGUAGAUGUUACCAAUACACUUUGCCGAAUGAAACGGGAACUGAAAGAGGAAAGUCUUGUCUGUCUUCAUGGAAGACCAUUUUAUCAAGAUCUGGUUACUGUUCCUGAAACAGAGGAGGAAGCUCUCAAGAUCAUGUCUAGUUCUCAAUAAGGACUUAUAUGCAUGUACCAUAUUGAGGAAUGACUGUUGUUAUUUGGAAUAAAUAUUAUUUUUUCUGGAUAAAUAACUGUUUUCAUUCUUAUGAUUUAAGAUAA